AUGUCCGCUAAGCUCCAGGUUCUAGAAGCUAACUCCACUUGGACUUUUAAACAUCUUCCACCUAGUUUUCAUCAAUCUCAGGCUGAUCACUCUUUAUUCACUCUUGUUACUCACACAAACAUCACUGUUGUUCUUCUAUAUGUUGACGACAUCUUAGUUGCUGGCAAUGCUCUUCCCCAAAUUGAGUUUUUCAAGAAUCUUCUCUCCACUCACUUCAAAACCAAGGAUCUUGGCUCUCUAAAGUUCUUUAUUGGCCUCGAAGUUGCAUGUUCUUCUGCAGAUGAAUCUCUGCUUCCUGAUCCUAGCAUUUAUUGUCGUCUAGUUGGUCGUCUCCUUUACUUGGCCAUCAUUCGACCUGAAAUUGUUUAUGCCGUCAACAUUCUUAGUCAGUUUAUGCAUGCCCCUCGUAUUCCUCAUAUGUAUGUUGCUACACGUGUUCUCCGUUACAUCAAAGGGAGCCCCGGCCAAGGCAUUUUUUUCUCCUCUUUUAGCACCACUCAGGUUACAGCUUAUACUGAUUCUGAUUGGGUCAGCUGCCCCACCAUCUGUCGUUCCACCACAGGUUACUUCAUCCAACUUGGUACCAAUCUGAUCUCGUGGCAUACAAAAAAACAAACUACUGUUGCUCGCUCUUCCGCUGAAGCUGAAUACCGUGCCAUGACUGUCACCACCUGUGAGCUCACCUAG